AUGAGUAAAUCAACUUUCGUCUUCUCGCUCGGUGCUUGGAUGCAUCCCACCGUCUUCGAUGCCGUGCGUACGCGGCUGGAGGCCCUCGGCUUUCCAUCCGAGUGUCCCGCACACCCCUCAAUCGGCGCAGAGCCUCCUUCGAAGACACUGGAAGAUGAUGUCUCCUCUCUGCGCAACGUAUUGACAGCCCUGGCAGAUGAAGGGAGAGACAUCGUUGUUGUAGGACACUCCUACGGCGGUGUCGUGGCAUCCACUGCCGUGGAAGGGCUGGUCAAACCUGUCCGCGCGGCCAACGGAAAGCGUGGCGGAGUCGUGAGUGUCGUCUAUCUGGCUGCAUUUGCACUUGGCAAGGGACAGAGCCUCUUAGAAUUGCUAGGGGGCAACCCUUUACCCUGGAUGAAGAUUGAGGGUGACUAUGUUCACGCGGAAGGCGCUGGCGACGUUGCCUGGCAAGAUCUGACCCUUGAGCAACGAGAGAAGUGGGACAGCACCGUAAUGCACACCUCACGCGCUGUCUUCUCGGGUGCGGUCACCUAUGAGCCAUGGCAGGAUAUACCGUGCUCCUACAUCAUCUGUGAGCAGGAUCUGGCACUGUUGCCUCACAUCCAGGAAUUCUUCGCGCUGAAGAUAUGCGGGCCUGGCCAUACCCACCGACUGCCCGCUUCGCAUUCGCCGUUCUUGAGCAUGCCAGAGCGCUUGGCGGGUGUUUUGGAAGACUGCGCAAGUGUAAUGGAACUAAGUGGGGUUGAAAAUGGGCUCAGUAAAUUUGAGACGGGUAUAAGUGAAGAAAAGAUGUAUGUUUGA